GAGGACAACACUUGCCCAGCAUGCGACAAACCUCUCAAAUCCGCUCAAAGGCUCAUGGCCCACCUAUCAUCUGCCCAGUCUUGCAAGUGGUACAGGAAAGGAAAGAAUCCGGAACCAAGGUGCGAAAUUCCAGUGCUGGUACACAAGGCUGCUCCUGCUACAGACAUGGACGUGGACGUGGAUGUGGAAGACUUCCGCGAUGUUCUUGAGACCAGGGACUUGUUCUGGUUCACACUUCCCACCUCCGUCAACCCACCCAUUCCAACUGAGGGUGAAGCCUCGUCAUCAUCAUCCACAGGGUGCCCUGCAGCCCAGCCAUUUCCCAAUCCACCUGGACCUGCCUUGGACGAUGAUGACGAUACCAGAGUUGAAGAAGAGGAUGAGCUCGCGGGCAAGGCGAUACGAAUGGAGGAAACAAUAGUGGAGACGUGGAGGGCCUACUUCAGAGAGGACAAAGAAGGAGUGGACCUGGACGAAGAGGACCGAAUGGACGUGGACGGCGAAGAUGAGGCUCAGAAGCCGCUAGACCCGAACCAAAAAUGGAGACCCUUCGCGUCCGAGCUCGACUGGCGAGUAGCCAUGUGGGUUGUUCGAGAGGACGUUGGUCAGAAGUCACUCAAUCGGUUUCUGAGCAUACCAGGUGUACUUGAAAAGCUCGGUCUUACGUUCAAAGACGUACGGGAGCUCUUCAUGAAGAUUGAUGACAUCCCGGAGAUGGCAGCGUGGAAAACAUUGUCUCUUGUGUUCCCAGACAGGCCGGAUGAGAAGCAUCUCAUUCAAUACCAAGACAUCCUUGAAGCAAUCAAGGCGCUGCUAGGCAACCCGUCCUACGCGAAGUACAUCGUGUAUCGCCCGAAGCGGAUU